AUGAUUCAUUCAAUCGUAUUCAGAUUGAUAAUUAUAUCGGUAGUUAUUACAGCCGAUCCCGGUCCAUCAAUUAAUACCGGUUCUUAUGCAGCACAACCACCACCAUCUCCAUAUAAUUAUUAUGAAUAUCGAUCUCAACAACAACAACAGCAACAGCAGCAACAACAACAACAAACACCAUCACCUUAUACAGCUAAACGAAAUCAGAAUAGCAAUAAUUAUGCUGAUCAACAACAACAACAACAACAACAAUCAUCAUCAUCAUCAUCAAUAGCAGCGACAUAUGGGAAUACGCAAAAGAAAUCAUCAGCAAAUCAAUGUAAAUUACAUAUCAAUUGUCCAAAUGCUCGAAAUCGUGUUACACUUGAUAUUCAAGGACCUGAUGGACCGCCUGGUCCACCAGGAAAACAAGGCAUACAAGGUCCAAGUGGUCCUCCAGGUUUACCAGGACCACCGGGUCGUGAUGGUUAUUCUAAUUUAAAAUCGGCAUUUUUUGUUGCAUUAAAUAAAACAUAUUCAUUACAAGAUAGCAAUGCUAUUAUUGUUUGGGAUGAUAUUAUAUUAAAUAAAAAUUAUAAUCUUAAUAAUAAUACAGGUAUCUACUAUGCACCUAUCAAUGGUUUAUAUGAAUUUAGUUUAACUGUUUGCGUACCAGCUAAUCAUAUCGCAUCAGUAUCUUUAUGUAAAAAUACCGAAAACGUUGUACCAUUAUGGGUUGAAGGAUUUUUAACAGCUGUUAAAAAUCAAAAAGUACCUAUAUGGAAUACAGCAUCAACAACAGUUGUUUUAUAUUUACAUCGUGGUGAUCGAAUUUAUAUACGUGCCCAAUCACGUGAAGAUGGAGAUUAUCAUUUUAAAACAUCGUUGUAUGGUUGGAGAUAUUCAACGUUUGGUGGAUUUUUGAUACAUGAAGACAAUUAA